CUAAAUUUCUUUUAUUUUUAUAGUGAAAAAUAAAGAAUUAUUAAAGAAAAUAUGUGUGAGGUAUUAUCAAUUGAUAAUAAUCGGGGACGCAGUCACGACAAAUGCGAACACACUGCCUUCAUCAACAACAGUUGCGCUUGGUGCAAAAAAACCCUACAAGAUUGUAACGAUCCAACCACCGUCCCGUUCCGCUACAUCGAUCCCAACUUCUCCCUCACCGUCGACGCGAUCCGCCACCUUCGAGACCGGAAUUUCAAAACCCUAGUCAACCGCAAGAAGCUCCACUUAGUUCUUGACUUGGAUAACACGUUAAUACAUUCGAUAAGCACGACUAGGGAGAGAAUUACCCUAAUUGAUAGAAAAAAGAUCAAAACUGUGUACAAAGACGUUUACGAGAUUCUUGGUGGUGAUAGGUUAGUCAAGGUAAGGCCGGGGGCUCGUAGUUUUCUCGAACAAGCGACCGCGUUGUUCGACUUAUCGAUCUACACCAUGGCUGGAGAAGACUACGCUAAAGAAGUGUCUAGGGUGCUUAGGUCGAAGGUGUGUGAAAAAAGGGUCCGGUUCGAAACAGUUAUUUCUAACGAGCAUAGCACUAAACCGGGACGAAAGGGGCUUGAUGUUGUAUUGUCACACGAACCGGCGGUUUUGAUUGUGGAUGAUUUAGUAGAGGUUUGGAGGGAUGAACAUAAGGGUAAUGUAAUAAAUAUUAAACCGUAUAAGUUUUUCAAGAAGAGAAGGCCUUGGGUUACUUUCGUAGAAGAUGAUCAAGAACUUCCUAGGGUUUUGAGUAUUCUUAGGAAGGUUCAUGAAAUAUUUUACGUCGAGGAUGAAGGCGAUUAUGCUGGUAAAGAUGUUAGGCAAAUUCUGAACAAGAUCCAGAUUGAAUCGCCAACUGAUGGAUUAUUGUGUGGUUUGUUAACAUUGAAGUUAAUUUGAUUAGGGAAGUUGAAUGAUUAACAAGAUUGUAUACAGCAGAUCUUUUAAAUGUAGUUCAAUAUAUUGGUUAUAGUUUCGUUCUAA